AUGGAAGGCAACAAAGACAAAUAUAGUAAGCUGAUAGAGAAAGCUGAGAAAUACCUUAAAAAACAUCAUGGUUCAGAUGGAUCAACCAUUACUAAGAGCAUUGAUGAGGCUGCCAAUGGCGGCGGAGGCGGUUACAGGGCGUAUUUGAAGAAGGCUAAGGAGUUUAUGCAGAGAAAGGAUGAUAAAGAUGAUGCACUGGCUGUUGACGCAGAAGGGAAAAAAACAAUGGAUAAAAAGAAGCAGUGUGUGGCAAUAGGUGCUGGCUUGUUGGCAGCAAGGAAAGCGUAUAAAAAGAAGCGAAAAAAAAGAAGACGUCGUAGUAGUAGUAAGGAGGAAGAGGAGGGUGAAGGGGAGGAGAAUAGCAGUGAAGAGGAGGAGGAGGAGGAGGAGGACGAGGAGGAGGGUGGUUGGUUUCAACAGUUCGUCGAUGGGUUUCAAGAGUUGAUUGAAGGGCUCGAAUAG